UGGAUGGCCCCAAAGCGCACAUGCUGCGGAGUGGGAACGCUGUUGUUAUAUCCGCGGGGUAGUCAGGAUGAGUAAUGAUGCAGCGUUCAUCGAUUUAACUCUAAUCACUCUCUCACUGGCGGUCAGUCACCACCUUAUCGAUCUGAUAUCGCCACUACCGUCGUUGCUGCUGGAUUCCUCCGCCCCGGUGUCGAGGAGUCGUGUCAACCUCGUCUCAUCCAUCGAGUGUUCGACCACUGAGCCGGUUACAUCACUUCUCGUUUCUCAUCCUUCGCCCUCCGCACCGCUCGACUUUCCAAUUCCCUCCCGCCCUCUGCGCCGUGUGUCAAGCUCUGACUACACCCUUGCGCGACGCGAGAAAAGGGUGCACUGUCGUUCGACUUAUUGCAGCCUCGUUCAGUUUGCCUUUGUUGUUGGCCACCUUUUUGCGUGCGUUUUUUUUUAGGCUGUUGGGCCCGCGCUCCUGUUCUGUCUCGCGCGCUUCAAUGGGUGCUCGCAAACAGGCAGCUUUGUCCUCGGUGCGUGCGCGCAAGGCCGGCUAACCGACUUGGAGGAUGUGCAUUAUGUAUUUGUAUUGGUCAAUUCUGCGCAUUAUGUAUUUGUAUUGGUCAAUUCUGCGCAUUAUGUAUUUGUAUUGGUCAAUUCUGCACGAGCGCCAAACGCGUGCCCGAGCGCGCGUUUGGCAGCGGCGGCGAGACGCGGACGGGGGAGGAAAUCAAUCGUGGGAGAGGGGACCUGGCCGAGAGGCUGGCCGUGGUUAUCUGACACCAGAUAAUCCCUCGCUGGGGUUCUCUCCAGGGGACGGGACAUGCAUGCCGCAGUUCUGCGCAUUCACGUAGGAUUUUGCCAAAACAACAUUUGCGUUGGUGGAUAGCGAGGUGAGCGGGGAUGGCGGUGGUGGUGGGGGUGCGCGCAGGACAGCACUGGAUUGUUGAAUUCGUCUGUGGAGAGCUUGGAGCGAUUGUAGAGCGCGGUGGGGUUUUUUUCCCUAUGGAUAAUGUCGGCGUUGACGCAUCAGCUGCUCAAUGGAUCCCUGACUUGUCGUCGCUCUUCGGGGUUGUGCCGCGUGUUGUCCGGCGCGACGUCCGACGUUCCGCCGCCACGUGGAGAGAAACGUCAGACAUCGUGGGAAGGGAUGGAGGAUUUAUAUGCCAGUGACGAACAUAUGCGGUGCAGAAAAAUCGCAGAUACAACAUUUCCCACGUCACAUAAACACAAACCGACCCACGCGCACACACACACAGACACAGACAAAGAUCCCCCGUGUAGCCUUUAACGGACCGUUGGGGCAAGUGCUGUGAGCGAGCAUUUAUGAAGGUGGGCAGGGUACACGAGGAGGUUGGUGGCCAGCACCACAACCAACUCCUUUGUCUCCCCAGUUCUGAUGUGUACACUUAAACAUUAGUACAUGGUACAGUGUGUACAUAUAUAUAGAGUACAUAAAUACAAAUUCACAUUCUACAACAACAACCGUUCACCACUAGGUGACAGUAACGUCAGCACAGCACUCGUGCCAGGCUAGGUGUACUUUGAGGUUGCUUUGGGCCACAACGGCGAUGAGAUGUUAACUCCCUCGCCUAGUAUACAGGAGUUCUGUGUAUUCUGAGUUUGCGUGUUCUCUCACUUGGUCACGUGGAUUUCAUCUCCAGGUUUUUCCACAAGAUAAGCCACUUCGUUGAGCUUUACAGCUCAGUGGGCCUUACCUGGUCAAGUAGAAAAAAAUAGUUCAGUUCUGAGUUUGAGAUUUCGCUGAGUUUGAAACUGUUCAGCGAAUGCGAUGAUCGCCUUACGUCCUGCACAUUGAGUCGACUUCAUACUCAAUGUGUGCCUCCCGCUGCACGAUCGUGCGUUUGUGUUUUUUUCUUCCAAGUCGGGAAGGUUUCUGAACUUCUUCGUUAAAAAAGUAAAAAUCUUCCCGUCUGCUCAGAGUAAUUUACGACACUUGUCUGACACCUAAAUCCUCUAGCUUGAGGCGGGCUAUUCAUCACCAGACCCGACGGACAUAUUUAAUCAAUUUGCACAAAUAUUUUGGAAACAAACUUCCUCUAUUUUUUUGUUUUUUUUACCGACACGAGGGAAGCACAAUGCAGUAAAAUAUAAUCAUUCACAGGCCUUUGUCAAUCCACUGCUGGAUGAAGACAGUCCCGCGCUGUUGGUCGUUCGGGGGUCAUUUGACCAUACUUUACCACACUGGUCAGUGCGGGCUGCUGAAGAGAGGAGGAAUCCGAUGAGCUAUAAAGCUCUUUUUUUUACAGAUAUCCAGUAGAUAUGACACGCUCGCCGAUGUUAGCCGUUUUCAACAAUUUCAACUCAUUGCCACGUUGAUAGCGCAGCGUGUGAAACACUGUGCCACCGACCUUCAUUAAAUACAUCUCAAAUUGUUUCCUAAAUAUUUUGGCCUGUGCGGAAGAUAACAGAGGAUUGAGCGCUUGGAGGUUAUUGGAAUGAGGUGUGAAAUGUUGGCCUCACAAUGCCCUCACCGUGACCUUGUUUUGUUAUUUAAAGAAUGCUUAAGUCCUGAGAACUUCAGAAAUCCAGCAACCCUAAUUACCCCACAGCUGUCUACUUACUGUCUUAUCCACCAACCACCCAGGUCUCCCUGCCACUCCCACCGGGCUAUCUCAUUGUUCCGCUCUGUGCUUAAAGUGUGAUUAUCAGAAUGCUCGUUGGCAUGAGUGGCGUUUUUUUCUUACCCUGGCAGAGUUUGGCAGCUUAUAGACGCCGCGAUAUAAGUAACCCCAGGCUGGCAGGGUAAACGAACGCAUGGUGCAAUGCGUAACAAUCUGCGACUUGCUCCAAAUACCAUCCUCAAAUAUGAGGGGGGAACUCAAUUUUGGCAGGGAAUUCUGAUACACACAUGACGUGGUACAUACAAGUUUAGCCGAUUUGUGAUUUAUUAAUUUGCACGUUUGGUUUGAAUUAUCGCCAAUUAAAUGUUGAUCGCGAGCACUAAGUCAAAGGCAGGCGAGUGUAGAACUUCCGAGAAAUUUCCUUUGGCCACAUUUUAGUCAAUAUCCGGGCGAUGUGUAGGGGGAGACGGGGGUGGGGGUUGAAUGAGGGGAGAAGGGGCUGGCUUCACUGGAAGAGUCUUAGGAAAACAAAGACUUUUCGCUCCUCCCUCUCACUCCCUCGCUCCCCCCACCCCAAUCCCCCACAACUCUCACAUCACCAAACCCUCCAACCCCCCUCCGCACAAGCGUCCCCCCCCCCCCCCACCCACAAAACCAACCCCAUCCCCUCUGGCAAGAGGCCACGCACGCAUUUUUUGAUGUCCCAUCCAGAGCCGCCGCCGCCGCCACCACUCACCCAACAAGCCUCGGCACCUUUCGUUGCACGCGAGCACCGCUCGCUUUUGCCUCGAUGUCAGAGGUGCGACGUUUUCUCCCGCACGGGGGCUGCGGUCGAUGCCCCCCGGCUACGCCCUGGGCGCGCCAAAUUCUCCGGGUGAUUUUUUUUUUGCCGCCGAGGUGACGGCCGCAAGGGCCGUUCGAUGACCUACGGCGGUUCUGCGGAUCGGGGGUCAGAUUGAUCAGCGCUCCGCCACCCAUACGGACUCCGUUGGCUGCCUUGAGUGAGGUCUUCACAGGUAGCUGUGUUUCUGAUCUGCCUGCCGCAUCGCAGAGGAAACGCGCCGCCGGAUGCAAUCGCUGACCGCGUGCCUCCUAAUGAUCUGGGAUUUUAAAGGCGGUAUCCGUGGACGACUCUGGAGGAGGAGUAGGAGGCAGAGACUGUGAGUGUGUCGCUGGGAAGGAGAUCUGGCAGGAGGUUGGCCGGUCGGCAUGCAAGCCACAUCCAGCGGGUCGCGCGCGUCCGGAGAAUUUGUCCGGUUCUUGACGUGCGGUUCUGGAGGAAGAUGCUCGGCGCUCGAAGUCCGGCUGCAAGGAGAGGCCACCGACUGAAGCAUGGCAGCUUGGCAGACGCACCUUCGCAGCUCUCUCCACUGCCCGCUUAUCUCUUCACACCUCCCGGAGGAGUGGAUCCGCAGCGCGUGAGUUCUCGGCCUCCCCAACAGCAGCAGAAACUCGCUGCAAAUCAGCAGGGCCCCGUGACGCGAGGCACCCCGGCGGCUCUCGAGAAUGCGCCUGAAGCGACGGCGGCGCCUGCUCUGCCUCGCGUGCGUCCUCACGGCGCUCGUCCUCGUCAACAUCAUCGCGUCGCUGCCCGGCGGCAAGCCCCGAGCCCAGCGGCCGCUCGCCCGCGGCGAACGUGAGCGGCCGCCGCGGCACCGAGGGGGCGUCGCGCUGGGCGCGGGGGCCGAGCGCCAAGGAGGAGGCCACGCGGAGGUGCUGACGGAGCGGCGGCCGGGCCGGACCCACGACGGAUCGCGACCGCGGGCGGUGAGAGGAGGCCGCCAGCGCUUCGGCGACGACAGCAGCGACGAGUGGCUGGCAGUCGACCCGGCGCGGAGGGACGAGGCGAAGGCGGCUGAGAGGAGCGCGGCAGGAGAUGCCGUCGUAAACGGGCGAGCCGCCGAGGCGAGCCGCAAGCGGCGCGCGGGGCGAGUUGACGGUGCGAACGAGGCGCAGGAGGAGUCCAGCCUUGUGGAGCUCAUCAAGGGGCAGGGCGGCUGGCUGGGAGAGCUCGGGGGAAAGUGGCUGGCAGGGAGAUUCGGCCUCUUCCACGCCGGGCGUGAACCCGGUCCGCCGCUGAAAGGACCCGGAGAGCGCCGUGCACCUAGAAACGUGCCCCGCAUUCCCAGCAAGGCUGCUCCUGAACCGGGCUCCGUCCCAGCGCCCGUGCCUGACCCGAGGCGCUGCGCUGCGCUGGGCCUCGCUUUCGACGGGUCCAGCGACGGCGGACCCCCGGACGCACCCGCCCCGCCUCCCUGGCUCUCCCGGGAAGAUCUGAGGAUCCUGAACCUGCUGUCCGGCGGCGCCGUGAGGCGCAAGGAGACCCUGCCGGGCCACGGGGCCGUGCUGAGGCUCACGAUGGGAGCGGCGGGCGGGUCGGCGUCCGCAGGGCCCCUGCCGCCCGUGGAGGCGGGACGCGACUAUUGCGCCGAGGGUGCGUGCGCGCUGGCCAAGCGCACGGGCGACUCGUACGAGGUGCUGGCCUUCCACCUGGACCGCGUGCUGGGGCUGGGACGCGCGCCGCCGGCCGUGUCGCGGAGGCUGGACAGCUGGCUGCUGCCGUACAGGUUCACGAAUGGCACGGCGCGACCGCUCAUCUGGUGGGUGCCGGACAUUCUGCGUCUCAGCGACGGCGCCAGCGAAGAGGGAGACGACCAGAACUCCUUUCGGCUCACGUGGCCGCAGUACCAGGCCGUCCUUCGCGGGGAGUGCCACGGCAGCCCCGGCGGUGGCGGCGGCGCGGCGAAGGGGGACGGCGCUGGCGGUGGCGGUGGAGGAGCCGCGGGGGUCUCCUGCCCCCCCGUGAGCCGUGCCGAGUGGGGGAGAUUGGCCCUGUUUGACUUCCUCCUGCAGCCUUCGGACGCCCUCCCGGGUAAAUAUAGCGCGCCCUUCUCAUUUGCACCCGCAGUGCUAUUUUUUGAUGCGUUAAGUCGCGUGGCAAUGCCUCUCUAGCGAGGUUAGUUUAGGCGAGCGCAGCGUGAAUGUUUAAUU